AUGAGCUGGUUCACAGCUCCAACCUCGUACCGCCUCAACGCCGCAAAUGUCUUAUCAGCAGGAAUGGGAGGCUUGAAGGAGAGAAGAUACACAUCGGCUGCCGUCGAACUACCCAUGAUGGCUCUAGGAAAUGGUCACACAUCACACCCAGACUUUGCCCACUUGGUGCUGCUAGUAUUUGAAGCAGUGCUGGAAGUGGUAUGCGUCAGCCUGCCGGGCUACAUUGUAGCCAGGCGAGGCAUGUUUGACGCAGAGGCUCAGAAGAUGGUAGCCAACUUGAACGUCCAACUCUUCACGCCCUGUCUAGUCUUUACCAAGCUCGCCUCGCAACUCAACGCCGACAAGCUCGUCGAUCUCGCCGUUAUCCCCGUCAUCUUCUGCGUCCAAACUCUCGUUUCGUGGAUUUGCGCUCGUCUCAUGUCCAAGGCCUUUGGUUUCGGUAAGAGACAGACCAACUUCGUCAUCGCCAUGGGUGUCUUUGGCAAUUCCAACUCGCUACCUAUCUCGCUCGUCGUCUCGCUUUCCAAGACUCUCAAGGGGCUGCACUGGGACCGUGUUCCUGGCGACAACGACAAUGAAGUUGCUGCAAGAGGUAUUCUGUACCUGCUCAUCUUCCAACAGCUCGGCCAACUCGUGCGCUGGACCUGGGGGUACAAUGUUCUGCUCGCUCCCGCUGUCGAGGCUAAGAUCGUCGAUCAAGAGAGGGACAGCCUGAUUGAAGAGGGCAGAUACCGUGACGAUGUCGACGACGAAGACUUGGAGCAGGGCUCAUCUUCUACCAAGAAGAGCAGUGGCUCAGCCUCUGGCACCGACUCUCCUCGCACCGUCUCUUCUAUGGCCUCUUCGUCUUCCAACGAUGCCACUACAGUGAAGCCUGUUGAGGGUGAAGUCAUGGCUACACCUGCCAAUGGAAAUCUUGUCGGCACUGGACCUGGCAACUUUGCAGGCAAUCUUGGUCCUCGUCAGCGCUCGACUGGCCACAUGACACAAUUCCCCAACUACUCGACUGCUUCGACCGAUCACUCCGAAGCUCCCACUGGCAUCAAGGCCACCAUCUCAAACUUCUUCGCACGCGUUGGUGCUUCGAUCAGUUCCUUCUUCAACAACAUGUUCGCCAAACUCCCCCCUGGCAUGCAGAAGUUCUUGAGCACUGUCUCUCACUAUACUGGUCGCUUCUUGAAGGGUGUUUGGGAAUUCAUGAACCCCCCUCUUUGGGCCAUGGUUGCUGCUUUGAUCGUCGCCUCUGUCCCCAAGCUCCAGCACACCUUCUUCGCUCCUCACACUUUCGUCUCCAACUCGGUUACUCGUGCUGUCCAGCAGAGCGGCGGUGUCGCCGUUCCCCUGAUUCUUGUCGUCCUCGGCGCAAACCUCGCCCGCAACACUCUUCCUCAGGAAGAGCUGACAACUACUCCUGAAGGCAAGAAGGAAGAGCGCAAUCUCCUCAUCGCCGCUCUUGUCAGCCGCAUGCUCCUACCCACCCUAGUCAUGGCUCCCUUCCUCGCCAUCUUUGCCAAAUACGUCCCUGUCAGUAUCCUGGACGACCCUAUUUUCGUCAUCGUCUGCUUCUUGCUUACUGGCGCACCUUCUGCUCUUCAACUCGCCCAGAUCUGCCAACUCAACAAUGUCUUCAUGGGCGUGAUGUCCAAGUUGUUGGUGCAGAGCUAUGUUGUCUGGAUCUUGCCCAGCACACUUAUCUUGGUUAUGCUUGCUCUCGAGGUUGUCGAGUGGGCUGCGUAA